GAUUGUUCAUUUUCUUUUGAGUCUCUCACUGGAGCGUUUGCUUUCUCAGGAGCCAGGUGAAACCUCUGCCUUCUGUCAAGUCCCAAAGAAGUAGUGAAAGAGAUGGCCCUCAGCAAAGAUCAGGGCUUUACAAUGAACGAUGGCAACAAAAUCCCUGUGCUUGGAUUUGGCACCUAUUCCUCUAUUGAUAAAAGUAAGUGCGAGGAGGCUACAAAGAUAGCUAUAGAAGUUGGCUUCCGCCAUUUUGAUGGAGCAUAUGUAUACGAGACUGAGGACCAAGUUGGACGCGCCAUUCGUGAGAAGAUUGCAGAUGGGACAGUAAAAAGGGAAGACCUUUUCUACACUGGAAAGCUUUGGAAUACCUUCCACCGACCGGAGUUGGUUCGGACAUGCCUAGAGGAAUCGCUAAAAAACCUCCAGUUUGACUAUAUGGAUCUAUUCAUAAUCCACAAUCCUUAUUCUCUAAAGCCUGGACCAGAUGUAUUUCCUACAGGAGAAGAUAAAAAAAUUAUUUUUGACAGUGUCGAUCUUCGUAAAACAUGGGAGGCAAUGGAGGCAUGCAAAGAUGCUGGCUUGGUGAAGUCUAUUGGAGUGUCCAACUUCAACCGGAAGCAGCUGGAAAUGAUCCUGAGCAAGCCAGGACUGAAAUACAAGCCUGCUGUAAACCAGAUUGAAUGCCACAUUUAUCGGAACCAGAGUAAGAUGCUGGACUUCUGCAAAUCAAACAACAUACUUGUUGAAGGAUAUUUUGUCUUGGGUUCCCAGAGGAAUCCUGUAUGGCUCAAUCAGAGCACCCCUGUCCUGCUUGAGGAGCCUGUGUUGGCUGAGAUCGCCAAGAAGUACAACCAAACCGUGGCUCUCGUGGCUUUACGCUAUCAGAUCCAGCGUGGCCUUGUGGUCCUUUUGAAAUCUUUUAACAAAAAGCGGAUUGAAGAAAACAUCAAGGUUUUCAAUUUCCAGCUGUCUGAGAAAGACAUGAAAUCCAUCGAUGGACUUAAUAAAAACCUGAGCUACAUGACAAACAAAUUAUUUGCUGAACACCCACAGUAUCUCACACCAGAUGAUGAUAAGUAAGGACUCAUCUACCUCCCCUAAUUUGUCUCCCAUUCUCAAGUAUUCUCAAGUAUAGCCAUAUCUUAUAUUACAACACUAUCUAGUUUUACUGCACUGACAAUAUCAAAGAGAUCUGUAUGUGUUUCAUAGAAUCAAAGAAUAGUAGAGUUGGGGGCCUAUAAGGCCAUCGAGUCCAACCCCCUGCUCAAUGCAGGAAUCCACCUUAACUAUAAAUACAAAGGUUUACCAUAACACAGCAUUGUGGUUGAUUCUUAGUUCUAAUCUGUAAAGGGAAGGAGGAAAUAAAGAUGAUUUUUGUUGC